GGCCAGCUAGCCACCUCGGACGUCGCGCCAAGCUUUGCUCCAGGAACGACGCUCGGGAUUCUCGACAGAGGUCUUGUGCUCUCGUUCUCUCAUUGUGCUGUACUGCGCAUUUCGUUCGUUGGUCCCAAAACUCAACUCCUCGAUAAACCCGUCCGCUCUCGCCGUUGCGUCGUGUCCGGAUAUUCUUGCAUCUGCGUCGCACACUCGAUUGGCCGCGAUAUCGCACAUCUGGUCGCCCUCGGUGUGUCUGUCGCUACCGAGACCAUCGUCGGCGCUCGUGAACAUUUGCGCCAGGCUGCGCAGUUUUGCUCUCCGACCUCCACGGCAUCCACGGCGAUAAUAUACUCCUUCCUCGUACUCUCCUACAGGACUCAACUCCUCGCCGGUGACCUUUCGAGUCAUCAUGGAAGACAAAUACGUCGGAUUGGCGCUGGCGGUUUGCAGUACGCUAGGCAUCGGCGCGUCCUUCGUCAUCACCAAGAAGGGCCUCAAUGCAGCGGCAGAAACACACGGCUUUGAGGGCGAUGGCUUCGCAUAUCUAAGGAAUCCUAUCUGGUGGGCGGGUAUCAUCACGAUGGUGGUUGGCGAGGUCUGCAACUUCUCGGCAUACGCAUUUGCACCAGCGAUCCUCGUCACCCCGCUCGGCGCUUUGAGUGUCCUCAUCGGCGCCGUCCUGGGCAGUUAUUUCCUCGGUGAACAGCUUGGGAUAUUAGGGCGGAUAGGAUGCGCAAUAUGUCUGAUUGGCAGUGUGGUCAUUGUGUUGCAUGCGCCGGCGGAUGAAGAGGUGGAAGACAUUGGGACGCUGUUGAACUACGCGCUACAGCCUGGCUUCUUAUUCUACUGCACCAUCGUGGCUGUCUUCGCCUUCGUCAUGAUCUACAAGAUCGCGCCGGUUUAUGGAAAGAAGAACCCCAUGAUAUUCAUCAGCAUUUGUUCCUCUGUCGGCUCCAUCUCGGUCAUGGCCAUCAAAGGAUUUGGUGUUGCUUUGAAGCUAUCACUCGGAGGAAACAAUCAAUUCUCAAACCCAUCAACAUACGUCUUCGCAAUCACGGUCAUCGUUUGCAUCUUGACCCAGAUGAACUACUUUAACAAGGCGUUGACCCACUUCAAUACGAACAUCGUAAACCCUCUCUACUACGUAACAUUCACCACCUGUACCCUCGUCGCCUCCUUCAUCCUCUUCCGCGGCUUCAAUACAACCGACGCCAUAAACACAAUCUCUCUCCUUUGCGGUUUCCUCACCAUCUUCACCGGCGUCUACCUCCUGAACCUCUCCCGCGAAGACCCCAACGGCAAUAACCUCGGCAUCCGCCAAGGUGACGAACGCGGCCAGUACCAACAUGUCGAUGGAAUUCCCACGGACGGCCUCGCCGGUCUCCAAACCCGCCUCUCCAUGCAAGCCCGACGCAGUGGCGACGAGAAUCGCCGCCACAGUGACAGCUGGAGUCUUCACAGCGGGAAAUUCGCCAACGGCAACAGCAAACGAAAACCCAGCAAUAACGGCGAUCUUUUGCAUAAUUACGACAUCGAGGCCAGUUCGCCGCAUAAUCUCACGGGGUUGACUGGGGAUAGCGACGAUGAGGAGGAUAACUCUUUGCCGUCAAAUAGGAAGCGCACGUCUUUUGAUGAGGGCAAUGGGAGGAGGUUACAGGCUGAGGCUGGCAGCAGCUCAAGAAAUGGGUCGAAGAAUUCGAGAAGUGGUGCGACAGGGGCAAAUGGGACUCGAAGGUAGUAGAGGGAAGGGGGAGAAGGAUGAGAGGAGGGUUCUCUCCCCCUUUCGUUCUUUUUAUGUUGUUCGUAUCUCUUUUUUUCUUUUCUUUCUCCCCUCGAUUGGAAGAAGAGCUAUGCAUGACUUAAUGAUAAUGCCCGGCUCCUGGAUGCUGAAAAGUACAUUUUCUCGUUUCUCCCCUCCUAGCAGCACAACAGUGGUGACUGCAAGAUUCGGAACAGACGGGACGUUGGAGCAGAAGAGGUCACAGAAGCCCGGAUUUGAUGAUUUGGUGAAUGACAACGCGAUCUCAC